GGGUUUCUUCUUUGUGUGUGCGCGGACCUCAACAUUCCUCAUAGAGAACGUUUUUGAGGGCGAGGAAAGACCUCUACACUGGCCAAGCAAAAGAACCAGGGUCUGUGACUGAAGUGGCUCAGCUAAGGAGCGGUUCUCACAGCUAUUCGCACCAUCUGGGAAUACGAAAGUGAAGCUUUUUUAACACCAUCUAGAAGACAUGGGCUGCGGGAGUUCAAUUAGAAUCAAGAAAACUGCGAAAACAAUAAAAGCCGCGUUGAUCAUCCAAAAUUGGUACCGGGGUUACAGAGCUCGGCUGACGACCAGAGAACGUUAUGCUCUCACCGUCUUCCAGUCCAUUGAAUAUGCUGAUGAACAAGGCCAAUUACAGUUAUCGAAUUUCUUUUCCUUCAUGUUGGAAAACUAUGCAGGUAUAAAAGAGAAAGAUCCAGCAAUAGUAAAUCGACUAUUUGGUUGUUCCUUCCCGGAUGAAAAGAGUAAGUUGGAUUGUAUAGGAGUGAUAGAGAUCCCAGACUCCUAUACUGGCCCUCGGCUGAAAUUUCCACUCACUCCUGAUUCUCUUCAUUUACUGAUUGAGGGCUUUAAGAAGCAGCAGAUACUCCAUGCCUCUUAUGUUUUAGAGAUACUAUUUGAAACUAAGGAAGCCCUGAUGCAAAUGCCAAAUCUUAAUCGUAUAAGAACUUAUCCCACCAAAGAGAUAACAAUUUGUGGUGAUUUGCAUGGAAAAUUAGAUGAUCUCCUUUUGAUCUUCUCCAAGAACGGCCUCCCUUCAUCAUCCAACCCAUAUGUUUUUAAUGGUGAUUUUGUAGACCGAGGAAAAAAUUCCAUUGAGAUCUUAAUGAUCUUGUGUGUGGGUUUUCUUCUCUAUGGUGAUGACCUGUGCUUAAACAGAGGAAACCAUGAAGAUUUUUUAAUGAACAUGAGGUAUGGCUUCACAAAAGAAGUCUUGAGUAAAUACAAGGUACAUGGGGAAAAAAUCUUAAAAUUCUUGGAAGACGUUUUUGCCUGGCUGCCAGUCGGUACAAUUAUUGAUGAAGAAAUCCUGGUCACGCAUGGUGGGAUAUCAGAGUCCACAGAUUUGGUUUUACUCAAUAAUAUAGAAAGAAACAAACUGAAAUCUGUGUUGAUGCCACCAGUUCCAUUGGAUAGAAGCAACCCUGCUGAAAUGAGGAGACAUAGAGGACGUCCUCCACCAGUGGGAAUCAAAAUGACUGGACCCCCUUCUCAGUAUUUAACAAAGUAUGAGUGGGAACAGGUCACCGAUGUUCUGUGGAGUGAUCCUAGGGAGAAACGAGGCUGCUAUCCAAACACAUGCCGAGGAGGGGGCUGCUAUUUUGGGCCAGAUGUUACCGUCAAAUUUCUUAGGAAACACCGCUUGAAACUGCUCAUUAGGUCUCACGAAUGUAAGCCCGAUGGGUAUGAACUCUGCCACGAAGGGAAGGUCAUUACAGUAUUUUCUGCUUCUAAUUAUUAUGAAGAAGGCAGCAAUCGAGGAGCUUACAUCAGGGUGGGAUUUCGUUCGACCCUCCAGUUCUUCCAGUACCAAGUAACAAAGGCAACAUGCCUCAGUCCUCUUUACCGAAGGGUGCACACUAUCGAAUGUAGUGCCAUUAAGAUAUUAAGGGAGAGAAUGAUUGCACGAAAAACUGACCUUGUUAAUGUUUUCCAACAUCAAGACCGUAAGAAAACAGGAAAAAUUUCUAUGGGCCAAUGGGCUUUUUCUAUGGAGACCGUUUUGGGGCUGAAGUUACCAUGGAGAUCCCUGAGUACACGUCUGGUUACCAUAGACAAAGAAGGGAAUGUUGACUACAUGUCCUGCUUCAAUGAUAUGCACAUUCAAAAACCUGUGAAAGAGGUUCAGUCAGCUCUGAUUGAAACUCUGUACAGAUACCGAUCUGACCUGCAAAUCAUCUUUAAUGUCAUUGACUCUGAUCACUCGGGUCUGAUCUCCAUGGAGGAAUUUCAUACCAUGUGGAAACUUUUUAGUAGUCACUACAACGUUCAUAUUGAUGAUUCCCAAGUUGAUGAGCUUGCUAGAAGAAUGGACUUGAACAAAGACGGAAGCAUCGACUUUAAUGAGUUUUUUAAGGCAUUCUAUGUAGUGCACAAACUUGACAGCUUGACCAAAACAAAUGCCAAUCCUGUUUAA